GUGAAACCACUGCGAUGUAUUUUUGCAUUCUGAGGUGCCAAAGCAAAAUGAAGCACUGCAGGCAGGAGAGAAAGGUAGCCGAGAAGAGCUGCUGUUAUGGUGAGGGGGAAAAACCCACGUUCACUCUGUGGUAGCUUCUGACAGGCUUUCAAAGCACAUGAUAAACUCUGCGCUGGAUUUAGUGGGGUAAAUAAGCCUCAGGCCAGUCUUCACCUCGGGUGUUUUGUCCCUCCUUCUUCUGUCAGCAUUAACAAUUCCAAUUCCAUUGGAUGAAAAAUGGCCACGGAUGUCUUCAACUCCAAAAGUCUGGCCAUUCAGGCCCAGAAAAAGAUCCUUGGAAAAAUGGUGUCCAAAUCUAUAGCAACUACUUUGAUCGAUGAUACAAGCAGUGAUGUUCUAGAUGAGCUCUACAGAGUGACAAAAGAAUAUACACAAAACAAAAAGGAAGCAGAGAAAAUCAUCAAAAACCUCAUUAAAAUAGUCCUCAAAUUGGCAAUUCUCUACAGGAACAACCAGUUUAAUCAGGAUGAAAUAGCGUUGAUGGAGAAAUUCAAGAAGAAAGUUCAUCAGCUGGCUAAGACCGUGGUCAGUUUCCAUCAGGUGGAUUAUACCUUCGACAGGAAUUUUCUGUCCAAACUGUUAAACGAUUGUAGAGAGCUACUUCAUGAAAUCAUUCAGCGUCACCUAACUGCAAAGUCACAUGGACGUGUCAACAAUGUGUUUGAUCAUUUCUCUGAUUGUGAAUUUUUGGCUGCCUUGUACAAUCCCUUUGGACCUUAUAAACUCCAUUUGCAGAAACUUUGUGAUGGUGUCAACAAAAUGCUAGAUGAGGGGAACAUAUAAGUGCUUGUGUUAAGGUUGACUGCCAAUGCAUUAUUUGUAGAUGUAACACUGUUGAUUUAUGAAGGAAUAAGGGAGCAUGCAGAAAGGUUUUUUACAUUAUGACAAGAUUUCCAAAAUAUUUUUAUUAAAUUGAUUUGUUAUUAUGAGCAGUCCAUCUGGAAGAAAGACUGCACAUGACUUUUUACUGUGCUUUGCCUACAGAAACAGCUGGAUAAAAACAGUAAAACAGAACUGUCCAAGCAAAGUAAGUCUUGCAAGAUGGAUAGACAAAAAAAAAUAUGCUGUCAGACAAUCCAAAUCUUUCUAUGAAAUUUACAGAAUAAGUUUUAAACUAUCAGAGUCCAGUAAAGUUAGUAACAGGCUAUGAGGGUGAUGGUACACUGUAUAAUUUCUUUGACUUGUCUUAAAAUAUAUAUUCAAUUCAUUUAUAGUAUUUUAUGCUCUCCACACAGAUCACAGCUUCCUAGUGUUGCCCUUAUGAAUCAUUCAGUUUUAAAUAAUAACAGUGAUACUGUCACAUAGAGUCUUAACAGGCUUGUUCAUCUCCAGCUCAAUGGUGAAAACUUACUGUCUGCAAGGCUGCCAAGUAUACAUCCUUAUAGACCUUCACAGAUGCUUGCUUCCUUUGAUUAUAUGGGGAUUAUUUGAGGAAUAAGCUACAGUAAAAUAGCCUAACUGGGGAAGAGUAUUCCCCAUGUACUUGCGGUACAUGAUUUUAGGUCUGCCUAUGAUAAGUUAAACACAGUGACUUACCUGUGCAAUGCCCUAAGAUAUUUAGAACCCUGCUAACAGGUCAUAAUUCUCUUGAAAUGGUAUGAGUCGGUAUAUUUUAUACACUAGCCUGCUGUGUAUGAUGAUGUGAAUUUAGAAAACUUAAUCAUCUGAAAAUAAAUUCCAAACCUAUUUGCUUUGUGUACAGUGAAACUAGAAACAUAAAUUAGUUUUUGUCAUUGCAUUAUAUACUAUUUAACAAAUAGAAAAGCGAAUCUUGAGUAAGGUUUUUUUUUUUCUUCCUUUCUUCCCUCCUACAUUUCUUCCUUUUUCUCCUUCAUCUUCCUGCCUUGCCUUUGGGGAUAAAAAAAUGUGACUUUGUAGACACUGUAAUGUACUUAAAAGCAUGAAGUUAAUACAUUUCAGACAUCUGAAGACUUUUUGUUAGAAAGCAUAUAGAGAAUUCGCUGUUUAUUUAAUUGCCAGUGUUGUUGCUGAUCGCUAUGUCCUUUUGUUGUAAUAAGUAAACCAAAGAAUAUUUGCA